AUGUUUAGCUCACCUGCAGUUGCAAGAAUCUCGGUCUUACGUCGAACACUGCUACCGUUGAGUCCACAAAGCUCUACUUCUAUAUCAAGAGUCAAAAACUUUGUGAACUUCAGUCAAUUAGCUAGUUUCAAGCCCCCACCUAUCAAGAACGAACCGACCCUUGAAUUCAGCAAAGGAUCACUGGAAUGGGACUAUCUCAAAGAAGGUAUCCUUCAACUUACAGAUAAUGGACCUAUUGAUGUUCCUCUAGUAAUUGGAGGUCAGAAGAUAUAUGACAGAGAAAUUGUUCCUCAGGUUAAUCCAAGUAACAAGAAACAGGUGUUGGCAAACACUCGACAAGCAACGAAAGAUGAUGUGCAAGGUGCAAUCAUAGCUGCCAAGGAUGCUAAGAAUAAGUGGAUGUCCAUGCCUCUGCAUGAAAGAUCUGCAGUCUUCUUGAAAGCCGCCGAUCUAAUAUCGACAAAGUACAGAUAUAAAAUGCUUGCAGCUACUAUGCUGGGGCAGGGAAAAAAUGUAUUUCAAGCUGAGAUUGAUGCGGUGGCAGAAUUAAUUGAUUUCUUCAAAUUCAAUGUAACAUAUGCCUCAGAAUUAUAUUCGCAGCAACCAUUAGAAAGUGCACCAGGUGUUUGGAACAGAGCUGAAUAUAGACCGUUGGAAGGAUUUGUAUAUGCCGUAACGCCAUUCAACUUCACUGCCAUUGCUGCCAAUUUGAUAGGCGCUCCAGCAUUAAUGGGAAAUACUGUGGUGUGGAAGCCUUCCGCCUCAGCUAUUCUUUCCAAUUAUGUACUUCUGGAAGUGCUUGAAGAAGCAGGACUACCCGCGGGGGUAAUAAACUUUGUUCCUGGAGAACCAAAAUUAGUUACGGAUGAAGUUUUGGACGACCCUUGUUUUUCUGCACUACACUUCACCGGGUCGACCAAUGUGUUCAAAUCUCUUUACUCAAAAAUUUCUUUCAAUGUUAAUAAGGAUAUCUAUAGGGAGUUCCCAAGAUUAGUGGGAGAAACUGGGGGAAAAAAUUUCCAUAUCAUUCACCCAAGUGCCAACAUUGAACAUGCAGCUUUAUCAACACUUAGGGGAUCAUUCGAAUAUCAAGGACAGAAAUGCUCUGCCACGUCUCGAGUCUUUAUCCCUGAGAGUAAAUGGGAACAAUUCAAGGCAAUAUUGAGCGACAACAUGAAUCAGAUCCAACAGACUAACAUUUCAUCAUCCAGCGGCUUCCACGGGUUUGUGGGCCCCGUCAUUCACCAGCAGUCUUAUGACAAACUCUCAAAGGUGAUUGAAGACGCCGUAACUGAUCCUGAAUUGGAAAUCGUUUCUGGCGGUAAGCAUAGCGACAGUAUCGGAUUUUUUGUCCAGCCAACACUAUUAAGAACCUCAAAUGCGGAUCAUGAAUACUUAAAAACAGAAUUUUUUGGACCUAUAGUAACAGCUUAUGUUUAUCCUGAAGCUGAAUUCUCAGCUAUUUUGCAUAAGAUUGAUUCUUCGACCAAGUACGGACUGACAGGCUCAAUUUUUGCCCGCGAUCGCAAUGCUAUUGUGGAAGCAGAGGAAACUCUUCGUUAUGCUGCCGGAAACUUUUAUAUUAACGACAAGUCCACUGGUGCAGUUGUUGGUCAGCAAUGGUUCGGUGGUGCUAGAAUGAGUGGUACUAACGACAAGGCUGGCUCAGCCAAUAUCCUUUCUCGUUUUGUCUCCGUUCGUAAUGUCAAGGAGAAUUUCUACGAACUCAAGGACUACAAGUAUCCCUCUAACUUUGAUUAG